CUCCUUCUUGGCAGCAUGCCUCACGCAGGGCCAAGCAGCCAGACGAUGACACCCGCUGCCUCGUGAGCUCUCGGCGCCAUAUCGCGUAAGCUGCGAGCCGGGGCGCUGCGCCGACAGCUGUGCGCAGCAUCAUACGGUAGCGCUCCCUGAGCCCUUCCAGGCAACGAGAUGCAGCAGCCGCAAGCGCCGCAUGGCUUGGGCAGCUGUCUGGUGCCGGCCAAGAAGCCGCCACCGACAUGGUUGCGCAAGCUGGGGCCCAAGAUGGCGGGCCUUCCUGACGCGCCGGCGUUCAAGUCCGCCGACGCCCGCCACGCCGCGUCGCUGCUGGCGGCUCUGGCGCUGGUCUGAGGCAACGUCAGCAAGCUGAGGGAGCUCCUCGGCCUGGGAGGCUUGAUCGCGGAGGGAGUAAGAUGGGGAAGUGGAGGGGGGAGGGACGGGAGCACUGUGCAUGCGUUGGCGCGAGGGCACACCGGCUGGGGCGGGUGGGGGGUGGCAAGCAAGCGGAUUACGGAGGCAUGCUGCGGCAGGAGUGCGCGCAGCAAGAGGCUGCCUUCAGAGAUGCUGGGCAAAGUGUGUGACACGCGUAUGUGACACGCGC